AUCGAUAGAUUGAUAUAUUAUCGGCAACCCGACCACGUUUGUUUGUUAAUCAUACCUAUCAGCAAUAUUCACCUAUUGUUAGAAUCUGUUGUGAAAUACGCCACAUUAUUCAAAAUUCAGAUUCAUUCACUCGAGACAGCGAUUUAUCUGCUCGAGAGCAACGCAACCUGUUCCCAGUAACGACAACAGUCGCCGCCAAGCAAUGUCGUCGCAAUUCACGUGUCUGAACUGCGACGCUCGCUUCGCCAGCGCUGAUAUCCAGCGUGAGCACUACAAAACGGACUGGCAUCGCUAUAAUCUUAAGCGACGGGUAGCCCAGCUGCCUCCGGUGACGGCGGAGGAGUUCCAGCAGCGUGUGCUUAGCGCUCGUAGCGCCACUGAUGCUGCCCUGGAGGAGCGGAACAUCAGCGUGUAUUGCCAUGCUUGUCGCAGGCAGUUCGGCAGCCAGAAAGCCCAUGACAACCACCUGAACAGCAAGAAACAUCGCGAGCUGCUGGCCAAGUUCGAGAGCGAACAAAUGGCGGCCAGCAACGGAAGCGCCAGCACUUCGGCCUCCGUAUGCACACGGAGCGUGGUGGAGCCACGACCGCAUCCCGCUUUGGCCGCUGCUGCGUCUGGGAAGGGUCGUCUUGCCUUUACCGAGCGCGCCAAAACGAAGGACGACCAGGAGAUGGACGACGACGACGACAAUGACUUUGAGGACAUCGAGGAGGAAGAGGUUGACUCCGAUGAGUGGGACAAGAUACCAGAGAAUCCGCUAACCGAGCGCGACUGCCUCUUCUGCCAGCACACAAGCGAGGAUUUGGUGGAGAACCUCAAGCACAUGUCCGUCGCGCACUCCUUCUUCAUUCCGGACACCGAGUACUGCACAGACAUCGAGGGCUUGCUAUACUAUCUGGGUGAAAAGGUGGCUAAUUACUUCAUCUGCCUGUGGUGCAACGAUCGCGGCAAGACCUUCUACUCCCUGGACGCUGUGCGCAAGCAUAUGCUCGACAAAGGCCACUGCCAGAUGCUCCACGAGGGCAUGGCCCUGGCGGAGUAUGCGGAAUAUUACGAUUACAGCAGCAGUUAUCCCGAUAAUAAAGACGGAAUGGACAUCGAUGAAGAAGUGGUCCCGGACCUGCUCGACGGCGAUGAAUACCAAUUGGUGUUGCCAUCGGGCGCAGUCAUUGGCCAUCGAUCUCUGCUCCGCUACUACCGCCAACGUCUCCACCCGGAUCGCGCCGUUGUGCUGAAGAAAUCCGAUCGCAAGUUGCACCGCGUCCUCAGCGAGUACCGGGCUUUGGGAUGGACGCAGACGCAGCAGCUGUCGGCCGCACGCAAGGCCCGUGAUAUUCAUCUGAUGAAGCGCGUCCAGUCCAAGUGGCAGAUGAAGCUCGGCUGCAAGGCGAAUAAGCUCCAAAAACACUAUCGUGCCCAGGUUUUAAUUUAGGCUGAAAACAAAUAAAGCAAUCCCAAAUUGUUGAUUCCCGUGUACAAUAAAUACGUUUUUUGUUCUUUUUAUUUUUUGCUUAAA